CCGCGCGGCCUUGGGGGUCUCUAAUUUACCCCACACAUCGUGUCGGAUCGUGAGUUGAACUGUAUGGGAUAACUAUGGGAUACAAUAAAAACAGCAAUGUUACUCCCAAAGCCAAUCCUCCUCAUACCCCUGCUUCUAAGCCAAUACACCGCCGCGGAGCAAUUCCCUCUCACCAAACAUAUAGAGACAAACACCACCCUCGAGGAGGAUAACUCCCCCUUCAUAUUCACAUCUUUGCAAGGCCUUCUCUCACAAUGGGCAAAUGUAUACGCUCCAGUGGGAUUCUCCGUCGUUCCUGGAGUCAUCCCUCCACAAACAUUGCUAUACCACGCACGCCGGGAUGGAGAUGCCCCGCCGAAGAUGGAGUGGUUGGCUUUUGAUUCUGAAAUGUCAUACGGCAUCUUCGCACCGCGCGUCAAACAAUUAUUCCUAAACACUUACGCCACCACGAGGGAACUGAAAAUAGUAUAUUUUGACGGCGGAAGCGCGGUGUUGGCUCCUGGUGGGACAGAUGCUCAGGACGUAAUUCUGCAUGGGAAAGUUCAUACUCGGGGGCCCCGGCAUCUGGAGGAUAGCAUUGAUAGCGGUGAUAACGAUGACACCAGGGAGAAGGGUCCGGUAGAGUACGAUUAUACAAGGAUGAAGGAGCUGUGCGAAUGGGGGAGUGGGUUUGGGGUUGAAGGGUUUGUGCGGAUGAAUUCCGGCUUUGAGGUUUUUUGGUGUGAUUUUGGGGUGGGGUUGGAGUUGGUUUCAAGGUUGAAUGUGACAAGGGAGGAACCGGAGGGGGAAGAUACGAAACCGGGGCAUGGGCCUUGUCAUGGGCAUAGAAAAUGGAGAUGGUGGUGGCCGCCAAGUUGGUGGCCCCCCAGGUGGAGACAUCAUUGUCCGGGGCAUCCGCAUUGUCCGGGGCAUGGAGGUCCCGGGCAUCCCAAGCCUCCCCACCACCCAAAGCCUCCUAAACAUCCGAAGCCCCCAAAGCGCCCUGAACCUCCCAAUCUUCCUGAGCCCCCUAAGUUCCCUGAGCCUCCCAGUCGCCCCGAACCUCCGAAGGUUCCUGAGCCCCCUAGGCAUGAAGGACAUCCUGAACAUUCUCCCGGGAGAGGGCAUCGUGGGCCACCCGGAGAUCAUCCCCAUCAUGGGCUGCCCGGAUGUGGACGCCACCACCCUCCAGGUAGAGAUCAUGGCAGAGGAUGUCAUUUUAGAGGAGGAGCUGGACCUUAUCCACACAGACGUGAGUGGCCUCCGUACGAGAGAGGCCACCAUCACCCGCCUGGGCAGGGUCGUCCUCCACGUGGGGGGAAUGGCCAUCCUGGAAAGGAUUGCCCUCAUCCACCGCCCAAGCACGGAAAGCCCGGAGAACCCCCACACGAUCCAUACAACCCACGAUUCCCACAUCAAGUGUCUAAGUAUGCAAACGAGAUUUCUUGGGAAUGGAUGCGAAGUGCUUCAUGGAACUUUGGCUCCCCCGAAGCUCGGGUUAAACUUGACACCUGUAGAAUGACAACAUUCUACAAUGUCUCGAUACGAGGCCUAACUCCGCCAGGCGCUCUCAACGCAAAGCGCAGCCAUAGUCUGCUAAACAUCACUCAUUCCCAAGCAGAAGCGAUAAAGAAGCAGAUAGAAGACAACCUUUCGAAUAAAGAUCUUUACUGCUCCGGCACUGACUGGCAAGAAGUCUCCAAUGGCAUCGCGAGGAGAUACUUGACCCGUUUACUUGAACUCCGCACUUUGUUGAACACACCCUACCUCCACAUACCCCCGUUUAAACUCUACCGAAAACUCCGCGCGCUUUCACAUGCACUCAUAAUGCCAUUCUACGAAACCGGUUCCAGCGCCGAAGACGCUGAGAUUAGAUGUGUAGAGGAGUACACCGGAAGACUAAACGUCACCCGCCUAAGCAUAUCGGAAAAACUCUUAGUGGACUCGGUUGAAGGCGUACUGUCGAGAAUUUGCAAAUUCUCUUUUGGAAUGUAUACCGAGAUCGUAGAGCACCCCCCUCUCACUCUCACCCAAGAUGGUGAGGAUGAGAGCGGUGAUGAAUACGAUAAUCACCACCAUCACCUAUUCAAAUGGAAAGAAGACGUCGAAGCACUAAUGCUAUGGCUGGAUUGGUCGGGAUGGUAUAAAUGCGAGCGUACAUGUUCUUCCAAUGAAAUUUGCGCAAUUCCCCUUUGGCCAGUCUUUGGUACCCCCUGGGACCGUAUUCCUAGCCAACGAUUCCUUGAAAAUCCGAGAUGUGUGAGUAUUGAAUAUUUGGAAGGGCGUAUGGCGUGGGGGGGGUAUAGGCUGUAGGCCUUUUCCUUUAUUUUCCUUUCUUUUUCCUUUCUCUCUAUUUCGGAAAUUGGAGGCGAUCGGAUGGAGGUUCUAUCGAGGAUGUUAUUUACUCAUUCAAGGUGGGGGGAGGACUAUUUGAGUGGACAGGAUCGAUAUUUCUCGAAGUAUCGAAAGGGUUGUCUAGCCAAGAUGUUGAUUCCAUUUUAAUCCCUUGUUUCCUUCCUCUUGCCAGCACCACAUUCGCCUUGACCCUAAGCUCAAUUUCCUCGUCGGCGAAACGGAAAAUAUGGAGAAUUUAUACCUACA